GAAAAAUCUUUCAAAAAAAAGAAGUGCAGCAGAUCCAGAUUCAUCUAUCUGCAGUCUGCUUUAUUCACUGCAUUAAAUCCAGACUGGUGCAGUUGCAGUGGAGACAGCCUCAAAAGUCUAAAACUAACUGAGUCAUAUUCUUCCUUCUUUCCCAUAUGAUAGUCUCCAUAAAAACCAACCAUUGUAUUGUACUUAUCGAAUCCAUACUGUGAACCUUGUUAAAACUCAUGGUUUGGACAAGGCGACUGUUGAGUUAUUCAAUUUACAUCGCUUAAUGUGUAGCUGAACAGGAAAAAAAAUGGUGUUUAACGGAUUUGCUGCAUCCAUAUCUGGGUACUUCUUGUUAGCCAUUCUGUCUGUGUUCUUCCUGAUGAGAUGGGUCUUGUUCUUCAAGCAGAAAUUGAAGAACCAAAUCAUAGCAGAAUGGCCUUUCCUGGGCUCCCUACCGACGGUUGCCUGGAACAUGAACAGGCUCCAUGACUGGAUAACUGAGAUUUUCAUCUCGCUUGGCAUCAAAACCUUCUACCUGAAGGGCCUCUUCUCAAAGCUCGACUACGUGUUCAGUUGCGAUCCUCAGAAUUUCGAGUACAUCCUCAAGGUAAAUUCUGGAAACUACCCAAAGGGGGAGGACAUGAGGCAGAUAUUCGACAUUCUGGGUGAUGGUAUCUUCAACACAGAUUUCGAGUCAUGGGCAACGCAGAGGAGGGCUUCACACUCGGCUUUCAGACUGAUUGAGUUUCGGAGCUUCGUCAGCUAUACGGUCCAGAAGGUAAUCGAAGAAAAGCUUCUACCAUUGUUAGCUCAUGUGGCUAGAGAAGGGUCUGUCAUCGAUUUGCAGGAUGUGCUUCUGAGGUUCACCUUUGACACCAUUGCCAUGACAACAUGCGGAAAGGAUCCGGGGUUUCUGGCUAAAGAGCUUCCUGGUAAUGUAGUUGCUAAAGCCAUUGAUGACGCACAAGAAGCCAUACUCUACAGAAACUUCGUCCCCAUGUUGAUUUGGAAGCUUAUGCGGCUGUUGAAUGUUGGAUCAGAGAAGAAGAUGGCCAAAGCGUGGGAAGUUGCAGAUAACACCAUUAUAGACAUCAUUCUGCAGAAGAAGGAGCAAUUGCUUAAUGGUACUGAUGAAUCAGAGAAGAUUAAUAGUCUAUUAUCUAUCUUCAUCAGGUCUCAAGGACAGAAAAACGAAUAUUGGUCCAAAUCCAGGAUGAAGUUCCUUAGAGACUUGAGUCUAAACUUUAUUAUUGCUGGAAGAGAUACUACAGCCUCUGGUCUUCUCUGGUUCUUCUGGUUGGUUUGUAGGAAUCCCCAUGUGGAGGAAAAAAUCCUGGAAGAAUUAAAGCUUGCUUUCGCUAAGAAGAAGGGUAAUGGAAUAGGAAGCAAUAAGCCAUGGGUAUUUGAUUCAGAGGAUUUAAAAGAGUUUGUGUAUCUGCAUGCAGCAAUUUGUGAAUCACUCAGGCUGUAUCCUCCCGUUGCUACACAGAAAAAAGGUCCUAUCAGGGAAGAUAUUCUCCCUGAUGGCACCACUGUGAAGCCAGGGAUGCAGAUAGUGCUCUCAAAUUAUGCUCUAGCAAGGAUGCCUUCUGUGUGGGGGAAAGACUGUCUGGAAUUCAAGCCUGAGAGAUGGUUACGUGAGGAUGGGACGACACUGAACAAUGAAAUGAUCUCCAAGCUGCUAUUUGCAUUCGGCACUGGACCAAGAACUUGCCUGGGUAAGGACAUGGCUUUCACUCAGAUGAAGAUGGCUGCUGCAGCUGUUCUCUUCAACUACAGCAUUCAAGUUGUGGAGGGUCACCCAGUUUCCUUGAAACGAUCCAUUAUUCUUCAGAUGAAGGAUGGGUUGAUGGUCAAUGUAAAAGAAAGAGGCAGUUGGUAAUGGUGUCAAUAAAUCAGGUAAUUUUAUCAUAACUACUUAUAUAAAAUAAAAUAAAAUUCACUGGGUAGAGUCUAGUGGUCCUCAUUAACUUAUUUUCCAUAAAGAAAAAAAAUAUAUAUAGUAUAAAAUAUCCAAAUGGAGAUUAAUUUAGAAAACUCUAGGGUGUUUUUUUUCACUUCUAUGGUUGCUUGUAAUGCGGUAUCCUCUUUUUUUUUCUAAAAUCUCUUCUACUACUAAUUAUUGUUCUUCAGAUGAAGGAUGGGUUGGUGGUCAAUGUAAAAGAAAGAGACAGUUGGUUCCAAUAAAUCAGGGUUUAAUUUUUGGUAGUUUUA